CUAGAUGGAAGUCCCUUAUCCAAAGGCUCAGUUUCUCAUGCCGUCAUCCUCAAUGUGAAAAUUGGGGACCAUUCUGAAUUCAAGACUUUUGGCAUUGUCAAGAUGCCUUGGGAUCUGUUGCUAGAUGUCGACUGGCUCCAGAAACAUAACCCAAAGAUAAAUUGGUGUGUGGGUUCCUGUUAG